UACAUUGUGGUGUUUUGCUUGAUAGACGUGUCCCACGGUCCCUUGCUCCUUAUUUCGUCUAUCUUGGGUGUACCAGGGAUGAGUGUUACUAUGGGGAUUUGGGUGUAGCAAGAAUCUUUUGAAGGGUGUACCAAGAUGGUUGGUAGCUCCUAAUGCAUGCUGGGAAAAGGAGAGAGAGAGGCUCAGCCACGCUGGAUUCAAUAUGUCAGUCUUCAGAUUCAUUGAUAUUGGGAUAAAUCUGACUGAUCCUAUGUUUAGAGGGAUAUACAGAGGCACAAAGAAACAUCAAGAUGACUUUGCAGAUAUUAUCGAACGUGCCGUGAAGAUCGGAGUGGAGAAGUUUAUGAUCACAGGAGGAAACCUACACGAGAGCAAAGAAGCGAUAGAGAUGGCCCGGAGCAAUGGUCGCUUCUUCGGCACCGUCGGCUGCCAUCCUACCAGGUGUGGGGAGUUUGAGGCUGGAGAUCCAGACCAGUACUUAUCAGAUCUACAGAAGCUGAUAGAGGACAAUAAAGGGAGGGUCGUGGCUGUCGGGGAGUGUGGCCUGGACUUUGAUAGACUGGAGUUUUGCCCAAAGGAAACACAACUGAAGUAUUUUGAGAAGCAGUUUGCCCUGGCUGAGAAGUCUAAGCUCCCCAUAUUCCUGCACUGUAGGAAUGCCCACAAGGAGUUUCUAGAUAUAAUGCAGAGAAAUCGAGAGCGCUGUGCCGGAGGAGUGGUUCAUUCAUUCGAUGGCACAAAAGAAGACGCAGAAGCAAUCGUUGGCCUAGAUCUGUAUAUUGGCAUCAAUGGCUGUUCCUUAAAAACCGAGUCCAACCUGGAAGUGCUGAAGUCCAUACCCAGCGAGAGGCUGAUGAUAGAGACGGAUGCCCCCUGGUGCGGGGUGAAAAAUACUCACGCCGGCUCAAAGUACGUGAAAACCACAUUCCCAACGAAAAAGAAGUGGGAGUCAGGACAUUGUCUGAAAGACAGGAACGAGCCCUGCCACAUAGUACAAGUGCUGGAGAUAAUGGCAGCGGUUCGAGAAGAGGAACCCGAGGAGCUGGCGAAAACCCUGUACAACAACACAACCAAAGUGUUUUUCCCAGACGUGUAGAGUAAUAGCCCUUGUGGACUACCUACUACUAAGCAAGUGACCGUUCUGUGCAGAGGAUCAGCACCGUAUAAUGGGGAGCAGUCAGCAUGGUGGCUGCCAGUAGCGGCUUCAGUGCAUCAUUUACCCUUUGCGCCAUCUUAAAGGGGGUUUCCAAGCUAUAGAUAUUGAUCACCUAUCAUCCUUUGAAUAGGUCAUCGAUAUUAGAUCUGCAGGAAUCCAACACCCACCAAUCAUUUGAAUGGAAUUUAAGCUGCAGUAACCCAGCACAGCCACUACGCAGAGAAUAGAGCUGUGCUCCCAGCUCCGUCCUCCGUGUUAGUCAGUGGGGUGCUGGACCCUCACAGAACCGAUAUUAAUGACCCAUCUCAAGGAUCGGUCAUCAAUAUCUGUAGCCUGGGAAAAGGUGGUGUAGGGUUAAUCAAUCCCAAUGUAAUAUUUAUGUAAGAAGGUCUGCUUUUUUUAAAUGGUUUACCUUCAUCAUAUGCAAAUAUAAAAGCUAAUAAUA